ACAGUGAAUGAUAAACGUCUUACUGACCCAGACGAGGCGAAGUAUGGCGAAGCGUGAUGAUGACGUCUACAAACAGAUACAAGGUUCCUAUCGGUGAUACAGACGAUGUGAAAGGAUUGGAUAGGAAAUUUUGGAAUAGGACGGAAAGAAAGCAAUGGGCCACUGGACUGUUUGCUGGUUGUGGGGUCCUCUAUGCCUGUCGGACAGUCACUCCUUUGGUUGUUGCCUCCAUGGCCAAAGAAUUUGGUUGGGACAAAACCCAGAGCGGGUCAGUGCUGUCAUGUUUCUUCUGGGGGUACACAAUGACACAGUUCUUGGGAGGCUACCUGGCUGAUAAGGUUGGCGGUGAUGUGGUCCUGCCUAUUGCUGCCUGUUUCUGGUCCAUGAUCACCUUCUGGACACCCCAGCUUGCCUAUCUGUCUACCGACAAAUACCUUACACUACACAUAUUAAUUGUCUCCAGAGUGUUUCUCGGGAUAUUCCAAGGUUUCCACUAUCCUAGUAUGAGCUCCGUGGUGUCAAGAAAAGUAUCAGAACAAGAGCGCUCCUUAACUUACAGCUUCAUCUGCUCGGGAUCUCAUCUUGGCACCUUGUUAUGUGGCAGUAUAGGAUCCUUACUUUUAGAUAAAUACGGCUGGCAAAGUGUGUUUUAUUUUGCAGGCCUUAGUAGUGUUGCAUGGAUGCUACUUCUACGAUAUUUAUUAAUAGAGAAACAUAGAAAAAAAUUAGCAUCUGUUGGAGAGGGCAUCGCACAGAAGGGGAUACACAAGACAGAGAAAUCUGUACCCUGGCUUACACUCUUUGUCAAACCUGCUUUUUGGUCUCUUCUCGUUGGACAUUUCUGUGAAAAUAAUGCAUUUUUUAUCCUGUUGUCAUGGUUACCUACAUAUUUUCAUGAAAAUUUCCCAGAUGCUAAGGGAUGGGUGUUUAAUGUUGUACCAUGGAUUGUGACCAUGUUCAGUUCUGUACUUGGAGGCUGGAUCGCAGAUCAUAUGUUAGCAAAAGGUUUUAGUGUGACAUUCGUGAGGAAGUUCAUGGAGAGUAUCGCUCUCUGUGGAACCUCAGCAGCGUUAGUAAUGAUUUCCUAUACUACAAGCUACUAUUCAGCCCUGUUUAUCAUGGCCAUAGCAGUGGCAUGUUGUGGUUUCCAUAACAGUGGCAUCCUUGUCAACCCCCAGGAUAUUGCUCCAAGACAUGCUGGGGCUGUGUUUGGUAUCAUGAACAUGGCUGGAGCUGUACCAGGAUUUGUGGGUGUGUACAUGGCUGGCCACAUCCUGGAGGCGACCAAGAGCUGGGCUGCUGUGUUUAAUCAGACUGCUGGGGUCUGCUUGUUUGGUUGGAUAGUGUACAUCAUUUUUGGCACGGGCAAGCAGCUAGUUUGAGGAGUUCUCUAUCAAAGGCAUCAGCGCCGAGCCAUUGGAGGAUACAUUGUGAAACAAAUGUAAUGUAACCCGAGUGUGAUACAGUCUUACAGUGAUAUACUGUAUUUGAUGGUGUGACCGAGUGAUAUACAUGUAUUUGAUGGUGUGACCGAGUAAUAUAUGUGUAUUUGAUAGUGUGACCGAGUAAU